UUCCGUGCCCGGCUCGGAGCCCGGCUCCUGCGCUCAGGCUGUUUCGGGGCGAGCCCCUCCCCGAGCUGUUUCUGCGCCUGGCACGGGCUGGGGAGGCCGCCGCAGGUGUAUCGGCCACGGAAAGCCCGGAGCGGAGCGGCCAGGCUGUCGCCGGGGCGCGGGGCUCGGAGCGCACGGGGAUGGGCGGCGCGCAGCUUCUCGCUGGUUCCUGAGCGCUGCCGCGGGCCGCCUGAGCUGCGGGGCUGAGAUCAUGGCACCGAGGGAAGCCCCUUCGCCCUGCCCCUCCUCCAGCUGAAGGAGCAGCCGGCAGGAAGCAGCUGCCUGGAUGCGAGAGCGGCCGAGCCCCGCUCUGACGCCCACUGCCUUGGCUGGAGAUGGCUGAGUUGCCCCUCUGCCCCCGCUGACCCCCGGCCUGGGCUCCGGCAGCAGGCUCCAUGCCAGGGCUACAUCAGAUGCUCAACACCAUUUACGAGUCGGAAUCUGUUUUCUCCCCAGAUGGAAUUAAAGGAGGAGAAGCGAGUGUGAGCUUGGCCCAAGGGAGCGGCGCCUCCAGCCAGACUGCUGUGAACCUGUGCGUCUCCCUGCGAGUGCCUCAGGCUGUCCCCAUGGACCUGCGGAUCGGACAGCGCUUUGUCAAGCCCGGCUCCGACACCGCCCUGCUGGCUCUCAAGCAGACCCAGCAGCUGCAGCACCAGCUCUUCUUGGCCAGCCUGCACCAGCAGCAGGUGGAGCAGUUCACCCACCAGCACAUGCGGGUGAACAUGGACUCCCCACAGCGUGAGGCAGAGGCUGGGCAGCAGGACCAGGAGCUGCGGCUACUCCUCAAUAAGGACAAGAGCAAACGAAGUGCUGUGGCGAGUACAGUGGUGAAACAGAAGCUGGCCGAGGUCAUCCUGAAGAAACAACAGGCAGCUUUGGAAAGGACCAGCAACCCCAGUGGCCCCACCAUGCCCUACAGAUCACUGGAGCCCCUGGAUACUGAAGGCCCUGCCCCUCCUGUGCUCAGCCCCUUCCUGCCGCAAGUCCACAGCAGUUCCAUAGACCCUCCGGAGCACUUUCCUCUGCGGAAAACAGCAUCUGAGCCCAACCUGAAGGUGCGGUACAAGCCCAAGAAGUCGGUGGACCGGCGUAAGAACCCACUGACCCGCAAGGAGAGUGCACCCCCUUCCCUGAAGAGGAGGCCAGCAGAGGCCAUUGACUCGUCCCCCAGCAGUAGCAGCACCCCUGUGUCUGGCUGCAGCUCCCCCAACGACAGCCUCCCAGCGGAACAUGGAGUCCCCCCCGCUGGGCCCAGCAUGGCCCACGAGGCGCCACUCGCCCAGCGCCUGAUGAUGCAGGAGAGCUCGCUGGCCCAGUUAGCCCUGCAGAGCACGGCCUCCCUUCCGGCCAUCUCGCUGGGACUGCCAGCUACUACCAGUGCCAGGGGCGACACAGACCGCCGCUCCCUCUCUGGCUUGGCACACCGGGUGCCAGUGCUGAAUGGGCCUGUCCUCUCGGGCACCCACUCAUCCAUGUUCAUACCAGCUGGCUUGGAGCAGCAUGAGCCUGGAGGGCCUCUGUCCCCUCGGCUUCAGCCUGUCAUUAUUCUCGAGUCCUCGGUCACCCAUGCACCACUUGUGGCAAUGCCAGGCCUGGGGACGGUCCCGUUCCACUUCGCCCACUCACUCAUUCCCACCGACCGGCUGUCGCUGGCAGGCCACCACAAACCACUGGGGCGGACCCGCUCUGAGCCCCUGCCCCCCAACCCCAAGGCCAUCCAGCAGCAGCUGGCGUACCAGCAGCACCAUGCCCAAUUCCUGGAGAGACUCAAGCAGCAGACACACUUGGGAAAGCUCAUGACCAAGUCCAGUGAGAAGUCUCGUCUGCGGCAGAUCCCCUCCUCGGAGGACAUGGAGGCCAAGGAGGGGCUCCCGGAGGGAGUGAGUGAGCGCGGUGACCAGCCAAGGGGCCGAGUGGAGCUCACGCGGCCAGGGGUCAGCACAAAGGAGCCUGAACGGAGCCCAAAGCUGAUGCAGCCACAGGAGGAGCUCGUCUUGCAGCAGCAGGCCUACCUGUGGGAGCAUCACCAGCGCCUACAGCACUCGCUCCUCAAGCGGCAGCCACCAGCCGACUCCCUGAUGGUCCCUGCCACGCACGGAGGGCACCGACCUCUCUCCAGGGCCCAGUCAUCUCCUGCCACUGCUACCAUCGCCCUUCCUGCCCAGGACGCACCCACCAAGACACUCUCCCUGCCGGUGCAAGAGCCACCAAUCAAACCGCACUUCACAACAGGGCUCGUGUAUGACUCCGUGAUGCUCAAACACCAGUGCUCCUGCGGGGACAACAGCAACCAUCCCGAGCAUGCUGGGAGAAUUCAGAGUAUCUGGUCCCGCCUGCAGGAGCGGGGUCUGCGCAGCCAGUGCGAGCUGAGGGCAGGGACUGGGAUUUCUGCCGGCGGUGGCAUGUGGGCACGCACGGGAGUAAUGCCCAACUCUGCCUCCUGUUCUUCCCUCCCGAUGCUGCUAACUUGCCCUGCUCCCACUUGUUGCCAGUGUCUGCGGGGGCGCAAGGCAACCCUGGAGGAGCUGCAGUCAGUGCACACUGAGCGCCACGUCUUCCUCUAUGGCACCAACCCCCUCAAUCGCCUCAAACUGGACAACGGGAAACUGGCAGGGAUCCUGUCACAGAGGAUGUUCGUCAUGCUGCCCUGUGGGGGGGUGGGGGUGGAUAGUGACACUAUCUGGAACGAGCUGCACUCCUCCAACGCCGCCCGCUGGGCCGCUGGUAGCGUCACUGACCUGGCCUUCAAGGUGGCCACAAGGGAGCUCAAGAACGGUUUUGCUGUGGUGCGACCCCCAGGACACCAUGCGGACCCUUCCACAGCCAUGGGUUUCUGCUUUUUCAACUCAGUGGCAAUCGCUGCUAAGCAGCUGCAGCAGAAGGGGAAGCUGAGCAAGAUCCUCAUUGUGGACUGGGAUGUUCACCAUGGAAACGGCACCCAGCAAGUGUUCUACAAAGACCCAGACAUUCUCUACAUUUCGUUACAUCGCCAUGAUGACGGCAACUUCUUCCCUGGCAGUGGGGCAGCCGAUGAGGUUGGCUCUGGCGCUGGCGAGGGAUUUAAUAUCAAUGUGGCUUGGACUGGUGGGCUCGACCCACCCAUGGGGGAUCCGGAGUAUUUGGCAGCUUUCAGAACUGUUGUGAUGCCGAUCGCCCAUGAGUUCUCCCCAGACGUGGUGCUGGUGUCUGCGGGGUUUGACGCAGCCGACGGCCACCCGCCACCGCUGGGAGGCUACAAAGUCUCUGCCAAAUGCUUCGGCUACCUGACCCGACAGCUGAUGAGUCUGGCAGGAGGAGCCAUCGUCCUCGCCCUGGAAGGGGGCCAUGACCUCACAGCCAUCUGCGAUGCCUCGGAGGCCUGCGUGUCCGCCCUGCUGGGCAAUGAGCUGGAUCCCCUCCCAGAGGAGAGCAUGAGGCAGAAGCCGAACCCCAAUGCCGUGCGCUCCUUGGAAGCAGUGAUCCGGGUCCAGAGUAAAUACUGGGGCGCCGUGCAGCGCUUUGCCUCCAAGGUGAGCUGCUCGUUCCUGGAGGCGCAGCACCAUGACCCAGAGGAGGUGGAGACGGUGACGGCCUUGGCCUCCUUGUCGGUGGCAGUGAUGGUGGAGAAGAGGCCACAGGAUGAGCUGAUGGAGGAAGAGGAACCCAUGAAUCAGUGAUGAGUGGUGCUGGUUUCUGAGUCGCCAGUGGCAGGAAGGAGUCUGGACUCUCCCUAGCCAGUGACUCGCUCUCUUGGCUCCCUGUUUGCCACAUUGUCCUCUCUCCCCAAGUCACCCCUGGAACGGACUGGCCCUCGAGCUGCGGCAUCUGCAGGUCACCUGCAAAGGAGCCCACUGCUGUCUGGGAAUCACCCUCCUGCUUGGGAUCAGCUGAGGACCAGGAACUCCCUCUCCAAGGAUCUACCCUGCAGUGCUUGGCAAAGUGCCUUCCACCUGCUCUCCCCUCAGGGCCUUCCAGGGGUGUAAAGGGCCAACGGGGUGUGAGAAGGCCUCUGCCCUGCCCGCUUGGUGGAGAGCUGCUUUUCUCCAAGGGCUCGUCCUGGUGGCAGUGGGGAACUGGACAGGUGUUGGGAUGGACAGUGGUGGCUGACGUGCAGUUCAGACCCAACCUCAGGAUUGUGCCCCUUCUCCAGACAGCCAAAGGUUCCUACAGGGACCCCCCGCACUGCAUGCUCCUGGGACGGGGGACAGAACAUUCUUUGUACCUUUGUCUGGGAGCGAUCGGAGCCUCCUGCCAGGCACGAGGUGGGAGUUAGGGGUCACGAUGACUUGGGGCUUGAGCCCGUUGUGAAUGAAAAGAGGUUAGAGGAUGGUUGACGACAUGCAAAUCACAGGGAAGCCCUGGACUCCAGUGUCCCAUGUGCCCAGAACUGCAAGCCUGGGACCUGGUCACCUUAACCACUAACCAGAGCGUGAGCCCUCGGGGACGGGGCCCCUCUGAUUUGCACUAUCUGCAGAUUACACAUGUCCUAAUGUGCACCUGACAUACCCUUCUUUCUAUGGGACUUUGGGGAACAAACUCCUCUGCAGAUGGACGUUCACAAGGUGAUCUGAGUCCUGGAACAACCAGCCAGGCCAGUGACCUGAGGAUCCAUAUCUAACAGGGCCCUUUGUCCUGCUCCAGGACUGGGGGGCUUCUUCCAGGGUAGCCAUUGAGGGCUCUCCCAGUGUCCUUCAGACAGCCCUCACGAGGGAGCCUGCCUUUGCCCCCAGCCCAGCUGCCGAGGAGAACCAGGGCAUCCCUGGGCUAACAUGGGCUCCGCUCAUCACAGGGCUGAGCGCUGCUUAGUGCUCAGCUGGCCCAGGGUGCACACGUCAGAAACACACCAGAGAGCCCCCAGGAUUCAGCGAGAGCCUCUCUGGAGUGAGCAGAAACCCCAGCCCAGUUCCUGCUCCCCUAGAAGUCGCAAGUGCUGUGCAGACCCUGCCCGAGCUCAGGACCCCAUCAUCCAAGGUUCUGCACAGACACCCCUCCACCCCCCGACAUCGAGGCCUGUGAGCCUGAUGCUGCACAGACCCCAGCCAAGAUCAGGGCCCAGUCAUGCUAGCUGCUGCACAGACCCCAGCCAAGAUCAAGGUCCUAUCAAGCCGGUGCUGCGCAGACCCCAGCUGAGACUGGGGCCCUGUCAAGCCAGCAGUACACAGGCACACAGUGACUGACCGUUUCUUUCCUCAACUUCGGUGGGACUAGGAUCUGGGCUGAUCUUGCAAAGAGUUUCCCCCUCCCUGGGUAGACCACGUGGGUUCACACACACGCCCCUGUAGCCUUGGCUCCUUCCACCCACACAGCUGGAGGAGACCAUUGGUUCUGCACCCCAGAAAUGGCAUUGGAGAGCCUGUGGCCUCCAGAAUUGGCAGCUUUUACAACCCCCACCUGACCCUGGCUUCACUGUUUGUAUCAUCUCACAGCGACACGGAAGAGCUAAAAACAGCCCCCCCACCCUUAAACAGAUUUUGCAGAGGAACAGAGUUGGGCCAGCUGGCAGCAGGUUCCUGGGAGACGAGCAGGCCCCCCCAAAGCACCAGCUUCAGCUUGCGCUGCAAGCCCACACCUGGGUUAAUCUCACUCCAGCUGACUCCUCGUGUCCAGUCUUCUAGUGUAAUAGGAGCAAGCCCUCACCAUUUCUUUAGAGAGGGGCCUGGCCCAGAAACUGAUGUGACAUGCAGCAAUGGGAGCAGUUGGGACCAUUAUCUGGGGCCUGUGUGAUGGCCACAAGCACUUGCUGGGGGGUGCGCCCCUUGGCUGAACUGUGUGUCUCCUUGGGUCCAUGCCAAUGUCCAAAACAGAAGCAGACAGGAAGUGUGGGGACAUGCAUUUCAGUGAGACCAGUGGGGCAGACUGCAGGGCCUGGGAUACCUGGCCAGGCUCUGGAGGUGUGGGGUAGGCACGCAGGGCUGGGUGUCUGGCAAGGCGCCGUCUGCAGGGAGAGGGACAAGUCUGUUUGUAAAAAUAUAAAAAAGAGGAAAAAAGACCUUGGAAGAAUAAAUAUUUCUUUGCCUUUGAA